AAGACCCAUUAAAAUAAAAUUAAAAAAAAAAAAAACUUCAAGAGGGAGCUUCAAAUUAAUCAACAACUACCCAAAUUUCAGUUUGGUUUUAAUUUGUGGAAAUUUAGGCGGCGGGAUUUGAUUGGAUGUGCCGAACCCUAGGGUAAGAAGGACGAGAAGUGAGCGGAAAUGCCGGAGGAGGAUUUGGUGGAUAUAAAGUUCAGGCUUUAUGACGGGUCGGAUAUCGGGCCAUUUCGGUACUCGGCUACAUCCACGGUGGAUAUGCUUAAGCAAAGAAUUGUCUCUGAUUGGCCCAAAGGUAAGACAAUUAUUCCAAAGGCAGUGAAUGAAGUCAAACUGAUAAGCUCUGGUAAAAUUUUGGAAAACAGCAAGACUGUUGGUCAGUGUAAAGAACCCUUUGGUGAAGUUGCAGGUGGGGUUAUCAUAAUGCAUGUUGUAGUACAGCCUUCUCCUGCAAAAACUACAUCAGAAAAGAAGAUUGAUGAUUCACCCAGAAAGAUUGUAUGCUCGUGUUCCAUUUUAUGAAGGCAAACAUGUAGAGUUGGAAAAUUGUUUAUGAUGGUAACAAUGUGUAGGUACGUAAACGUUGAAAAGUUCAUGUUUACAAGUUCUUAAUGGAGUGAUGAUGAUGUGCAUUUUUCUUUUCUUUUGUUCCUUUAGUCUCUUCUUUGGUUCUUUCCAAAUACUAGCUUGAAUCAUUUGUAAAGUUGUAUAAGACUACGAAACCAAAUGUACACCAAAUUGCAAGGAGAAAUGCCUUUGUAUAAAUGCCAUCUGUUUACUAAUAAUGAAAUGUCUG